AGUUUUAAACAACACACCGUUGAGCCCGAUCCAGAACGUGUUAAAAUGAUUAUGGAAAAAGCAUUCUCUGAUGCUAAAUGGAUUUUACAAAAGUACAAUAAGGAAAUAGGAAAGUAAAGUGCAUAUAAAAAAAUAAAAUACUUUUCAAAAUGAAUUUUGAAUCGAUAGUAUCUGAAGAUAGUGGCAGAGAUGUUUCACAUUAUUGGAAGGCCGUAGAUAUCCUAUUAAAUAAUCCACAUACUAUUAAUCGUAGAAUUUUAGCAUGCCAAAGAAUGCUUGUAGCACAAUUGAAAUGUAAUCAGAACGUAUAUUACUAUAUCAAAGAAAUACAAUCUUUGUCAAUAGGGAAUGAUGUCUCUAAAGAUAUUAAUAUUUUAAUAGAGAUAUUAAAAAUAAAUGAAUAUUGUAAUAUAAUUGAUUCCAUAAAUCUUGAAAAUUGCAAUGAAAAUAUAUUUUUAUAUGUAAAUGAGUUAUUGCCUCGUAAUUCUCAAUUAUUUGGUUCAACGUUAGAAUUUACAUUUAUUAAUAGAAAAGAAAAUUAUAUUUUGUGCCUUCAAAAAAAUAGUUCUAAAGAUUUAAACGUUUUAAAUUUUAAAGAUAAACUUUCAUUAGGUACACAUAUAAUUUACAAAAUACUUUAUGAAAAAGAAGGAAUCAUUUCUAUGUGUAUAGAGAAAAUAGAUGAUGUAAAUUCUGAUAAAAGUAUUGUUUGGCUCAAAGAAAAAUUAUUCCCCCGUUUUAUAACAUGGAUAAAAAAUGAACAAGUUAAGAAUAGUUUUAUUAUCAAUUCUUUAUCUCUUGUGUCACCUGAAAAAUAUGCAAAAUUAUAUAAUGAACUUAAAAUAAAAUAUGGUGAUGCUAUGGUCAAAACGUGGCCUGAAAAUACUGAUCCAUCAAAAUUUGUUUAUGAAGAUAUUUCUAUUGCAACUUAUCUAAUUUUAUUAUGGGAAAAUGAAAGAAAUGAAAGUGGCACAAAAAAAUUACAAUCAUUUUUGGAUCUCGGUUGCGGAAAUGGUCUACUUGUGCAUAUUUUAUCAAGCGAGGGAUAUUCAGGAUUAGGAAUUGAUUUGCGAAAAAGAAAAAUCUGGGAUCAUUUCCCAAAAAAUACUCGUUUGGAAGUUCAAACUAUUGUUCCAUCAGCUUCCUCAUUAUUUCCUGAAAUAGAUUGGCUUAUUGGAAAUCAUUCUGAUGAACUUACACCAUGGAUUCCAGUUAUUGCUGCACGUAGUUCAUAUAAUUGUCGUUUUUUUUUAUUACCAUGUUGUGCUUAUGAAUUUAAUGGUAAAAAAUAUCAAAGGCAAAGUGCAUCUAAAAGCCAAUAUUCAGAGUAUAUUUCAUAUAUUAAAAAUAUAUCUGAGAUAUGUGGUUUUGAUACCCAAAUCGAUAAAUUAAGAAUACCAUCAACAAAAAGGAUUUGUUUAAUUGGUUGGAAGAGAAAUUAUUCAAAAGAAGAUACUCAUUUACAGGAUAAACGUAUACAGAAAUUAAUAAAUAUAAAAUCAUCAUCAUCAGAGGGUUUAAUUAAAGAAGAUAAUAAUGAACACUUAUCUAAUUCAUGGUCUGAUAAUUUUAAACCAAGAAAUCCUAUAGAACAAGUACGAAAUUGCACUCAAUUAAAUAAAACUUUAAUAUUUGAUAUCAUUAAAAUAGUUUCAUCGCAAUUAUUGUGUACAUAUCGCCCAAUAAAUCUGCAAGAAAAAUCUAAUAAAAUUUGGAAUGCAGGUGGUGAAAUUGAUUUAAAAGAUAUUGUAAAAUUAAUACCCUCGGAAAUGUUGAAACAAUUAAGAAAUGAAUGUGGAGGUAUUCAAACAUUACUAAAAAAUAAUGGUCACAUAUUUUCUGUAAUUCAAGGAAGAGUACAGUUUAGAAUACCUGGAAUUACACCUAUUAAUAUUAAAAAAAAACGAAAAACUAGUACUACACAUCCAGUAAAAGUAAAACCUUGUUGGUUUCAUGAAAAUCAUCCUGAUGGUUGUCCAAACAUUGCAAUUAAAUGCAAUUUUAAACAUUAAUUUUAUUUAUUUUUUAAUCAUUUAUGCCUCAAAAAUUUUCACACAAAUGCUAAGUUUAAUUCUAUAAUGACAUAUUUUAUUACAAACAGUAGUAACUUAUGUACAAGUCAUAUUUUUACGUAUCAAAUAAAGAUAAUAUAACUUAUCAAA